GAGGAGCCUGGGAGGUGUCCCCUUCUGUUGCCAAAGAAACCCCUUCCAGAAUGGACCUCGUGAAUGAGCUGCCUAGGAGGGUUCUCUUCCUGGUGUCUCUACUUUUCCAGCUCCAAGGUAUUUAUGGGCUCACGGUGCAGGAGGAAGAUUUCCGAUUUUGUGCUACGAGAAACCACACUCAGAAAAGCUCCAUCUAUUAUAAAAAGCAUGGAAACUUCAUCAGCAUUGAAAACCAUCCCCAUGGACUGUACAUAAGUGCGCCGUUCCUUCCAGAAGAUGGGAAUUAUUAUCUGAAAGAUCGCAAUGGACUUUACCGCUUUUGUGUUUAUGGGCAACAGGCAACUGGUCUUUUCAGGCUACACUAUGGAAACAGAAUCUACAACUUGAGUACCGAGGCCAAAGGUUUCCUCUGCUCUUCCAAUGUGAGUGGAAACUCCAGUCAAGGGAGUGGAAAGCCCAGUUCUGUUCUUCACAGCGUCUCCUAUGCCUAUAACAAGGGAUCCCGCAACCAGUCGCUUCCAGACUCCUCUGCCUACAAGAUCAUCUUCCAUGAGUCUGGAAGUGCGGACAAAAAAAGCUCUCUCCAAGUGUGUGAAGUGGAAAAAGAACUUGAGGACUUAGCAGUUGCCCUGGAAUAUCCUAUAUCUGGCAGGAGAAACAAUUCUGGGACCUUCUACCACUACCUGCAGCGUUUGGAUACAUACUUGGGGAAAAUGGACUUCAAGGAAGAGAGCAGGACUCUGGGGAAGGGCCGGAGGUUGCGUGCGAGUGUCUGGAAUGUUCUACCCCACAAGGCCUCUCUAGGCUUGGCCAUCCAUUCUAAACCAGAGGAGAACAAAGAGGUCCGAGGCAUUGAUGUGACUCUGCCAAGUAUCCUCUUUGCAACUACGCCUAGAGGCCGUAAGCAAGCCAAUCCGAAGGUAGUCUUUAUGGAAGUCAGCAGCCAGAACCAGACCCUCUUCCAGCCUCACCAAAAUUCCGGAUCGAUCCUUGGUGAAGUGGUGUUUGGCAUCUCUGUGGCAGACAGACAAGUCUCUGGUUUGCCCAAGGAGCAGCGGGUGGCUCUCACGUUCUGGCACAACCGGCUUCUGAAAAAUGCAACUCCACAGUGUGUGUUCUGGGAUACAAGCUCUAAUGCUGGCCAAGCUGGCUUCUGGAACACGUCUGGCUCCGAAGUGAAAGCAGGACGGAAUCACACGAUCUGCCUUUGGGACCAUCUCACCUUCUUUGCGGUGCUGAUGACGUCCUCCCCGGAUCUUGACCACAUUCACCAAAACUACCUGACAGUGAUCACCUAUUUUGGCUGCGUCAUUUCAGCUCUGGCGUCGUUCUUCACAGUCUGCUAUUUCCUUUGCUCCAGGAAAAACGAGAGGGACAGUAUUGUCCAUAUCCACAUGAACCUCCUCUGGGCCAUCUUCCUCCUUGACGUCAGCUUCCUCAUCGCAGUGCCCCUGUCCGCUACCGAAAAUGACGUGGCUUGUAAGGCAGGCGCCAUGUUCCUGCACUUUGGCCUGCUCGCUUGCCUGACCUGGAUGGGGAUUGAGGGCUACAGCCUCUACCGGCUCGUGAUUGAGGUCUUCGAUUUCUCCACCAGGAACUUCCUCCUCAAGCUGUGCCUGGUGGGCUGGGGGCUUCCCCUGUUCCUUGUGACUAUGAUCCUUGCAGUUGAUCAGUCAAGCUAUGGACCAUACUCGAUUAAAGUGUACGAGACUUCGGAUAGAUACACCAAUGCAACCAUCUGCUGGAUAACAAACAAGCAUAUUAACAGCAUCCUGAAUUUGGGAUAUCUAAGCUUGGUGCUCCUCUUCAAUAUCAUCAUGCUGGCUGCUAUGGUGCGAGUGAUCCUCAAACUGAGGCACUGGGAUUACCGCCAGUGGCAGUAUGCAGUGAUGCUCUUGGGACUGAGCUGUGUGCUCGGCAUCCCUUGGGGGCUGGCCUUUUUCUCAUUCACUUUUGGAACCUUCAAGCUGGUGUCCCUCUACCUCUUCACCAUCAUCAACUCCUUCCAAGGCUUCCUCAUCUUCCUUUGGUACUUGGCGAAGAUCGUGCAGGCUCGACGGUCUGCCUCAGCACAGUUGAUGUCUUCUAACAGCGGGAAGCUCCAUUCCAGCAGCAGCAUGCUGUGACCUUGAGGCUGUGCCCAUGAACUCCUUGAACCUCCUCACAGAGGAGGCCUGUAUAUAUGUAUCAUCGCUUACACGGGGGCAGGGCAGGCUCUUGCAGCCUGAAGUAAUAUAUUUGUGACGUCUUUAUUUCUAGUGUACAGAGGUCUCAGUUUUUGUAAAUGGUGUGUGUGUGUUUCUAAGCGCUGAAAAUUUUAAAAAGUCUCCUUCAGGAUUGCUGUGAAAUGCAUUCCUUGCUUGCACCUGAAAUAAACAUUGGCAACGUGUUGUC